AUGCCCACGUUCAAGAGCCCCGUUGACGGCACUUCGCUCUACUACCGCUACUACGAACCCCUCCUCUCGGCCUCAGACCCUGCCCAACCCCUCACACUGGUGCUCCUCCACGGCUGGCCCAUGUCCUCCCGGAUGUGGGACCACUUCUUCAUGCCUCUCGUCCAGGUCCACGGUUUCCGCGUCCUCGCCCCGGACCGACGGGGAUUCGGCAAUAGCGACUGGAACGCCGGUCCGGUAUCUCCGACUCCAGCGUCAGGCAGUGCUCACGACCCAUCGACACCCAGAAGCACAGCCGUGUCCUGGGAGACACUGACAGGUGACUUGAGCGCCCUCCUGGCCGGCCUCGAUAUUGGCCCCUUCGCCUUCGUCGCAGCGAGUAUGGGCUGCCCCGAGUCCGUCUUCACGUACCUCUCAUCCGCGUACGUCCGCGCCAACUGCCGCGCCUUCGUCUGGAUAGGCCCCAACAUGCCCUACAACAUCCGUUGCGAUGCGUGCCCCGCGGCCCCGCUCCCUGAAGUCUGGGACUUUCUCUCGGCCGGCGUCUUCCGGUUGGACCUGGCCGGCAACGAGUUCCAGGAGAGGGUGCUAUGGUUCUACGAGAGGCUGGUGUGUCAAGCGGACCCUGUCGCUUUGGUGCGGAUGCCGGACAUCUUUUGGGACGAUUUGGUCACCAAGCUGAAGCGAUUCGGGGAGUCGACCGGAGCAGAGAAAACACCCAUCAUGGUGCUUCAUGGCCACGCGGAUACGGGAAUGUCGCUGGAAUCAAGCGGGCAGGUGAUUAAGGAGAUUCUGCCAUGGACGGAUUUGAGAGUGUAUGAGAAUGCGGGUCAUGGUUUGUAUUUGACACACGCAGAUCGAGUUCUUAAGGAUAUUAUCGAGGUUGUCGCUCGGAAGCCUGGGGAAAUUUGA